CUAGCAUAGAGACCCACACAUCUGCUAGAGAGAGCUGCGCUCAGCGCCCACUCUUCUGGCUAGCCUUCACCCAAGCAGCAGUUGAUGAGAUUUCAUCAAGACGACUUUACUUCAGAGAGGGAUUGAACACAUAACCAGCUGCACACACCAAUCAGCUAACUAAUAACCAUGAAUCUCGAGGUCCCCAAGUUGGAGAUCAAGUCUGCCACCCGUGUCACUGGAGGCCCUGCAACACCACGUAAGGGACCCCCUAAAUUCAAGCAGAGGCAGACUCGCCAGUUCAAGAGCAAGCCCCCAAAGAAGGGAAUCCAGGGCUUUGGCGAUGAUAUCCCUGGAAUGGAGGGCUUAGGCACUGACAUCACAGUAAUCUGCCCCUGGGAGGCCUUCAACCACCUGGAGCUUAGCGAGCUGGCCAAAUAUGGUAUCAUCUAAGUCAUCCAGACCUUCACCAUCCAUCCCACAGUCCUCUGCAUCCACCUCCAUCUACUUCAAACCAUGCAUGUGCCUCGAGCACUCUCACUGCGUUUGAUUAGAACUAUCAAACAUAAACCAAAGCAAAGAAUUGUCUGCAAAAAAAUAAAAAAAUAAAGAAAGCGUUACAG